GGGUGCGGUGCAGAGACCUGGCUGUGACGGGGUCUCACGGAUGCUGUGGAAUAUAGCGCGAUAACGCAUGGGAACACAAGUCUAUGAAAUAUAAAUAAUACACCCUGAACAAACGCGUCAUAUUGACAGUACUGAGCGGCUGCUGGCAGCCCUGGAACAGUGUGUGCGAAGACCGAGGUUGAGAGAGAGAUUUCGGAGUCUUAAAUAUGAAGUUGACCCUCUUUAUAGCACUGCUAGUGGCAACAUGUCUGGAAGUCUGCAGAGCACAGACAGGCAGCGUCUUCAACUGCAAGAACCCCGGUAACGACUGUAUCAACGGAGGAGUGUGCGACUACACCAACGGUAUUUGCCAGUGUAUUACUGGCUUCGAGGGAGAGAGCUGCCACAUAACUUCAGUCAACAAGUGCACAAGCCUCAACUGUGGAGUCAAUGGCGUGUGCGAGAGACGGUUUGGGGUGGACCAGUGUGUGUGUAACGCUGGCUACUCGGGGGGUGCCUGUGAGAACGCACCCAUGAAUUGCCAGUGUCUCUCAGAUAGAAUGAUCGUUUCCAUGACGCCCCCUGGGGACUUUUCUAACGGCGAGGGUUACGUUGAGAACUUCGGUGCACAAUCCGAAUGUAACACGGCGCCCAUCGGCAGAGGCAACACCCACGACAUCACCGUCAACUACUUCACCAGCAGGUGCGGCUCAGUCACCAGGAGAGAUCUAACGUCGGGCUAUGCGUAUACCCGCUACUUCAUCUACCGCUACAGCAGAAUCAUCCGUACCGGCACCGACAUCCGCUUCCAGUGCAACUGCAUCUUCGACCCCAGUAACAACGUCCUCUACGCCAGCUUUGGAAACAUCAACCCAAAUGACUUGGGAAACUUGAUCUUCCAAAACACCACCAACUACAUCUCACCCAUCACCUACACCAUGACCAACACCGUGGGUCAAGCCAUCACCUCAGCCUCAGCGCUCAAGAUCGGAGAUGAGGUCGUACUCACCUUCAUCGCAGAUGGAGGUUACUGCGCUGUGUUCGACAGACUGGUGGCCACCAACCCCUCCACCCCUGAAGAGGCUGUGCUCAUAGAUAGUGGAUGCGUGACAGCUCUCGGCAAGUCGGUGGUCAAGCCUGACCCGAUCUACAACUCUGACCUGUCUCGGUGGACAAUCAGCCUGUAUGCCUUCCUCUUCGACAACAGCAAUGCUCUCCGCCUCGACAUCUACUACCGCAGCAGUACCGACCGUACCCAGUGCUCACUUCCAACUUGCCCCGCUAGUGGAAGAAAGAGGAGAGAUACUGCUGAAGCGGCAAAAGAGAAUGACGGCGUUAUCAACCAGACUAUCUACAUCAACACGCCAUACGAACAAAGCGGAUUCACAGAUCGAGAAGACAAGGAAUGUACCAUGUCCAGCAGCGUGAUGAUCGGACUCAUCGCCCUGGCCGCCAUUAUCUGCGUGCUCCUUGUCGUCUGCUUCAUAUUUGGACUGCGCAUGCUCAUGGCCAGGAACAAAAACAAAACCGUGAACUAAACCAGGGAAAAUAUCGCCAGUGGUUUAAAAGCAAAUACGAUUUAAAGACACGAAAAUUACAUUUGCAUAAAAUGCAUAAACUUUGUAUUCAUGAAAUAAUGCGACUGAGGCAUGAAUUGAGACUUUUUUUCAUGACACCAGUCGACGUUGGUCCAGGUCCUGAAAAACACAUCCCUUCCCAGAAGGCACCAAUGUGUGCAGAUCAGACCUUCGUCAGAAAGAUUUAUAAAGUAUUCUUGUUUGUCAAACCUGUUCUGUCUUUGACCUUCAUUUUCUUACAAUAAACCCACUCACGUAUACUGA